AUGAAUUUCCGCCGUGCGAUGAGCAUUGCCGCGUCCUGUGGGCAGAAACCAAAACCUGAUCCAGCGGAUUUAACGCGUGUAGGAACGGAGAAAGAAAGGAUGCACGCACAUGUAUCCCAAAAUCCGAGGAAGAGAGUCUCGAUAGAUGGCGCUGCGCGACUCCGAUCCGCCACGUGCGCUCUAGUGGACGUAUAGUCUCGGUCCGCCGUCGAGUUCACAAGCCAUUUUGUGCAUCGUUGCGAGCAGCUGUGCGAGGAAUAUUACUUGUCGUUUCGCCGCAAAAUGUCAACGUUCGCGUGUCCGUGAUCGACGUACGUGCGUUGAGGUGCCACCGUGGGCACACACCGGCGCGUCACGAGCGGACGCGGACGACGGACGCUCGGCGUGAUUCGCGGAGCGGGGUCGCGCAUCGUGGAAUUCUAGACGAGAGACAAAGAACAUCCGCGGCACCUUUUAUUAACCUUGACCCGUUCGUCACAACAAUUGCGAACCACCGAUAAUGAAGAUAUCACGUGCGCAAUAAGAACUUUGAAGAGAGAGAGGGAGAGAGAGAGAGAGUAAUUAUUGGAAUAAUUACUUGAUUAAUUGCUUAUAUUACAAUAUAAGAGAACCUAUGGUAGAUCUUAAUGAUAUUUUUCGGUCAAACGUUGGAUGAAUCGGCUAUCUAAGAAGAUUAUUAAAAUGCGAAUUUAUCUGCCAAUAGUAUAUCAUAUCUUCGAUCACUUUGAUAGUGCAUAUUCUAUUGUACAUAUUGUUUGGGUUAUUUAAGCAAGAUGAGUAACGAGAACGUGGAAAGUCGGCUGCUGCCUCAGGUGGCGGCUGAGGAUUCCCCUGUAUUCCCCGACACAGGCUUGUCAUGCAUAGACGUGUGGAUGGAGAAGAUGAACAAGGGAGUGUUGACCAGCCUGAACUUCCGGGAAUUUUGGCGAGUGUGGGUGCCCAAGAUCUACAGUCCGGAGCGCAACGGCAAUUGCCUGGCGUGGAACAUCGACGAGGCAAAGGCGCAGAAGAUACUGUUCAGCCCUCUGGAGAGAUUCAUCUGCAACGGCGACCCGCAGACGGUCCUGAAGGAGCUCACCAAGAUGGACAAUCCGCCGUCGAUGUGCGGCCGCGUGUUCAAGAUGGGCGAGCCAACCUACAGCUGUCGGCAGUGCGGUGUGGACUCCACUUGUGUUUUGUGCGUCGGCUGCUUCCAGCAGUCCGCUCACCGGGAUCACAAGUACAAGAUGGGCACGUCCGGCGGGGGUGGUUGCUGCGACUGCGGCGACACCGAAGCCUGGAAGAAGGACCCGUUCUGCGAGAUACACAUGGCCGGUACCCAGUCGAAGGAGUCGCGCGGCAACAAGCUACCCGGCGACAUCGCCGAACGAGCGGUGGUAGCGUUCGAGGCCGUGCUGGAGUACUGCUACGAGCUGCUGACUCUCAAGUACACGGUGGCGCUGCCGGCGAAUUUGUGCGUCAAGGACUCGUGCUUCGACCUAGCCGCGGAGAAACUGGACGAUUUCGACAGUUACUGUACGGUGCUUUUUAACGACGAGACUCACACUUUCGAUCAAGUGAUCACCACCCUGGUGCGCGUCCUCAAGUGCUUGCAGCGGGACGCGGUGGAAUACGUGAACAACGUGGACAGGGAGGGCAGGGCCGUGGUGAGGUGCUCGGUGUUCCGGCAUUGCAACGAACUGAGGUCGGACAUCGAGAGGUUCACCUCGCGCCACAGCAACCGGCCGCUCAAGGUACUGGUCCUGCACACUCACGUGGUCGCCCAUCAGAUGUUCUCCAUGAAACUGCUCAAUUGGCUGCAACAGUUCAUAAGCCAGUGCGAGGGCUUUCGCGUGCUGUUCAGCAACAUCGCUUUAAACACCAAGCUACCCGACACCUCGAUCGUCGAGGGCAUCCUCACGAGAGAUUCGCAGCUGUGGAAGACCGCGAGGACCUCGUGGCAUCGGCUGCUUAUCACCGGAAUGCUCAUGGAGUACGAGAGCAAGAAGUCGCUCGCCGUGGUGUUCACUUACAACUACGGUUCGGUGAUGAAGGACUUCAUCCGGGACGACCACGACCACUCCUUCUCCAUCGUCUCGCUCUCCGUGCAGCUGUUCACAGUGCCAACUUUAGCCCAUCAUCUAAUCGCCCAUCACGACGUACUGUUCAUCCUGCUGAACACGCUCAUCUCUGAGAGCGCCCGGCGGUGCAACGCGGCCGGAAAGCUGGAGUUCGAGAGGAACACGCCGAACACCUCCUUCAAGAGGGCUCUCUUCAUAUUCUACGAUCUUCGCUACUUGCUGAGCGCCAAGCCGGACGAGUGGACCGACGAGCUGAGACGGGGCUACCUGCAGGGAGUCUCGUUGCUGUUCACGCUCUUCUGCAGCAUGCAGUGCAUGGACGCUGUGUUGCGGCAGGUCGGCCAGCACAUGGAAUACGAGCCCGAGUGGGAGUCGGCGAUCACCCUGCACUUCAAGCUGGCGCCGGUCAUCACUCUGGCCCUGGAGUGGUGUGGCUCGGACAAGGUCGUGCUGAUCAAGUCCUUCAUAAUGGUGCUGAGGAAGCUGCACGAGCAACUGGGCAAUGAACCGGCGCCGAGCCAAGUGCGAGAACUGGCGGAUCAUAGCGCGACCUGCCUGCAGUACGACGUGUCGUCCCAGCCGGUCUCCAUACACCUGCCGCUCUCGCGAUUCCUCGCCGGCCUCUUCCUGCAUCUGGAGAAGUACAACCUGCACUUCCAGUCGCCGGAAUUCAUCAAUCAGACGAGACCGACGCCGGAGCAGAUCAUCGAGCCCGUACUGACCGCGCAGGUCAUGAUAUCGCAGGUUUAUUCGGGCAUGUGGCGUCGCAACGGCUACUCCUUGCUAAAUCAACUGUUCUUCUACCACAGCGUGAAAUGCCGCCACGAGAUGCUGGACCGCGACAUCGUUCUGCUUCAAGUCGGCGCAUCCUUGAUCGAGAGUAACGAAUUCCUUAUUCACGUUCUGAACAAGUUCAACCUGCUCAACUGGGCGCACCCGGACUUCGAGGUGAACGCCCUGAAGAACCCGGAAGAGGAUAGCAUAAGGCAGACGAUCAGCCUAGUGGAGGAGUUCCUCGGCCUGCUCAUCACGAUCAUAGGCGAGAGAUACGUGCCCGGUGUCGGUCAGGUAACUGCGGACGACCGUUUCAAGAAGGAGAUCAUACAGCAGCUGUGCAUCAAGCCGCAGCCGCAUUCGGAGCUUAUCAAGCAACUAGUGGACGAUUCGCAGCAUCUGGAGCCCGACAUGGAGACGGUGAUAUGCGAGGUGGCCGACUUCAAGAAACCGGCGCGGUUGUCCGCGCGGAAAGGUGUGUACGAACUGAAGCCACAUCUCUACUCGGAGUACAACAUAUUCUUUUACCACUACACCAAGGAGGAAUUGAGCAUAUCCGAGGAGGCUCAGCGGAAACGCAGGAAGGCCCUGGGCGAGCUGGAGUGCUGCCCGCCGCCGAAACUGCCCCGACUGACGGAGACGUUCAGCCUGGUGGCGAAUUUGCUGCAGUGCGACGUGAUGCUGCACAUCAUGCGGACCGUGUUGGAGCGAGCGCAGAAUUUCACCGCCAGGAGCUUCUCCGAGUCGCAGGUGCACAAGAUACUGCAUCUCAUCGGUUACGCGUUGCAGGAGCAAGAGUCCGGCCACUACCCGUUCCUCGCGUUCCCCGAGAGAGCGGCCAAGUGGAACAUCUACAAGCUGCUGGAGGACCUGUCCAGCAACCAGCGCAUCGAGGCGCACAAGGACCUGCUGACGUGGGUUCUGGCCAAGUAUCGCGAGGUCGCCAGUUACGUCGCAAUGGACGUGACGCCGGCCCCUCCGCAGGACGAGCAGCAGUCCGCCGACAUGGCCGAGGCCAACAAGAUGGACAAGGAGUGGCGCACGAAGAUGGCAGCGCAGAAACGCGCCAAGGUGAUGGCGCAGAUGGCCGCGAUGCAGAAGCACUUCAUGAAGAAGAACGCGACGUUGUUCGAGGAGGCGAGCUUGGAGGCGAACAAGAGCGGCGAGCGUGGCUCCGUGAUGGACCUGACCGAGCCCUCGCAGGAAGAGGCGCCGGUCGCCGUCGGCCUCGGCCAGACCAGCAGGAUGCCCGAACAGAUGACCUACACUUGCAUCCUCUGCCAAGAGGACCAGGUGGUGACGGCCGCCGGGCCGGCGAUGGUGCUGGCUACUUUCGUGCAACAGUCCACCGUGCUGUGCCAGUGCAGGCCCGACAACGACGAGACCAAUCCCCUGUAUCUGUCGGCCAAGCUCGGCGCGUCGCCGUACACGAGCACGUGCGGCCACGUGAUGCACGGACGUUGCUGGCAGGACUAUUUCGAUAACGUCCUCGCGAAGGAGAACCGUCGUCCCUACCGUAUGCGACAGCCGGCAAGUUUCGACGCCGAGAACCACGAGUACCUUUGCCCGCUGUGCGAGUGCCUGAGCAACACCGUUCUGCUGCUGGUGCCGCCCCUGGGGAUGCUACAGCCGACCCCCGAGAAACAGCCGGACGUCAGCUUCGAGCAGUGGCUGGACGUGAUGUGGCUCGCGCUCGAGUGCAAGCCGAACCGCAAGUUCGGCAAGAAAACCAUGGAGGUGGAGGACGAGGAGAUGCUGGACGAGGACGCGACGAUCGUGCCUCCCAUGAGCGUACUGCGACGGGAGCUGGGAGACGCGGUGGCGGACGCCUUCGAGUCCGCGUAUUCGCAGUCCGGGCCGCGUCUCGCGGACGGUAUGGAGAGUAUGAUACAAGUGUUCGCCGCGUUGUUCACCCAGGUGACGUACCUGAAGGGCUCCAGCCCGAUCGACGACGAACAAGUGCCGCUGUGGGCGUGGAAGUCUACGGCCUACACGAUCCAUGCGAUCGAGUUCCUGCUGCGCGACAUGGAGAAACCGCUGCUCGGCGCCCUGUCCUCCCGGCAGCGGGACAGCCUGCAGAAUCUCGCGAGGAUGUCGGCCCUGUUGGCCGCGUCGUUCGCCAAUCACUCGCAUCUCUGGGCGGACCGAGAGAUGCUGGUGAGCCAGGCGAUCACGCUGCUGACUCUGCUGCUGGAGAACCAGGGGCCCUGCAUCUUCGACUGGGACCCGUUCGGCGUGCUGGUGCCGUUGAUCAACCUGUUGCCGAGCCUCUUUUACACGAAACCCAACGACACGUCGCCGCCCAUCAUCACGGGCGGCGUUUUCGAGUCGCACGCGCUCAGGCUCGUCUUCAUCUGCCACAUCGUGAAGAUCCUGUUUACCAUCGACCUGGGCCCGCUCGAGAGCAGCAUGGACGUGGACAGUCGCGAGGCGGACGGCGCCGCGGCCGAGAACGCCGCCGACUCGGACCUCGUGCUGAUGCAGAUACUCGGCACGCAGAUCAACGAUCAGAACGUCGCGAACGAGCUGUGGCGCCGGGUGGAGACCGGCUGCCGGCCGUUCCUGCGAUGCUGCGCCCUCUACUUCCACUACGUGACCGACGUGCCGGCUCCGGAAGCCCUGAUGCAGGCGCACGGUGACACGUACGAGAACAUCUGCGUGUACCUCGGUCUACCCACCACCUGUCGCGCCUUGAUCAACGCUCAUCUGAACGUGGUGCUGAAAUUGACGCACGUAUGGAAGAGCCAUCCCACCGUCUGGCAGCACCUAUUGGGCGUGAAGAAGGUGCCGGUCGUCAAGGACCCGCUCAGGGUGAACAAACUGAUCGACCUGCCGGAGGACUACAGCGAUCUCAUCAACUCGAUAUCCACCUUCACCUGCCCGAACAGCGACCAGGAGGACUCCCGCAACCCCACCCUGUGCCUCGUGUGUGGUGAGAUGCUGUGCUCGCAGAGUUACUGCUGCCAGACCGAGAUGAACAAGAUGUCGGUGGGCGCGUGCACCUACCACACGACCAAAUGCGGCACCGGGGUCGGCAUGUUCCUGCGGGUGCGCGAGUGCGACGUGCUGUUCUUGCGCAGCCCGACCCGCGGCAGCCACAUGUGCCCGCCGUACCUCGACGAGUACGGGGAGACGGACCAGGGCCUGCGCCGCGGCAACCCGCUGCACCUCAGCCACGAGAAGUACCAGCGGCUCAACUACAUCUGGCUGGGCCACGAAUUGCACGAGUCCAUCGCGAGGGCCAUCGAAUCCUCGAGCAGCAUGGUGCCGACCCAGUGGCAGCACAUGUAACCUUGUAAUUCCAACGGGAACAGCGCGAUCCCCACGCUGUCUAAUACCUUUGGAAGAAUGAGAGAAAGAGGGAGAAAAAGAACACACGAAAAAAAGAAAGAAAAACGAAAGCGGAAGUGAAGUCGAGUAAUUCUUUUAACGCUUAGCGUAAACGAGAAUGUAGCAGCAGCAGCAGCCUAGGUAUCGUGAUAUCGUUGAUUGUCCGUUCGAGUCGCUGCAGUGACAAAAUUAAUUUAUUGCGAGAGAGAGAGAGAGAGAGAGAGAGAGAAGCGCGCUCUCCCUCGCGGACGUGAAUUUGUAUAUUUAGAACCGACGAGAGAUUGAAUAUUGUUUCUCUCCCAGCGUUGCAACGUCGUUUUUAGAUUGUUUUCAGAGUUUACGAAACCCCUUCUCUCCCUGUGUCUUGAAUUGUAUGUUAAAAUACAUAUUUGUUUAUACGCGUAUAUAUUAACAAAUUGUUGUCUCGAAAGAAGCUUUGUGUUGCUUGUACUAGAACUAACCAAUAACGACAUUACUUCUUUUAUCUGACCGUCGAUCUCGCAGUCGUGUUUCCCUUCCGUUCCGUGACCUCGGAGGAUUUUUUUACGGCGUAAAUUCAAGCGAAUGUUUCACACCGGUAGUCUGUACGAGACCUGCGUUUCCGAAACACUAGACUCCUCUGGAAGGCCUGGAGCAACAAGCGACACAUUCACUCGUACGACAAAAUACAUAUACACACAUCGCCGUGUCUACCUUCGAGUUAAUUUAUUCGCUACCUUCUGUGUAGAAUAACGCACGUGGCCACAUUGAUUCGCAGGCCGAUUCGCUCGAACGCGAAUGGCGGUGCCGCGUGUCGCCGAACCGGACGCCAAUCCACUGUGAUGCACUUUUGUAAAGCGCCGAUCGCGAAUUGCUCUAAGUCGACCAGAGAGAGAGAGAGAAAGAGAGAGAGAGAGAGCACAUCCUUCACUUCUCCAUCCUCGUCCACACCUCGUCCGAAGAGAGUUCACUAGUUAGGGACUAGUCAUGUCCCGUUCGCGAUUAUUCCUGCCAUCGUUUGAUAUUUUUUAGGAGGCUCGAUAUUUUAUGCGUCAAAAAAAACUGUAGCCUGGUCGGGCCCGCCGCGAGCUUUCGCGAUUCGCUGAGCUUCCUGAGGUUUCGGGCGCCGAGGAGAACGCGCGGUGACGGGAACGCUUCGGCGAACGCGUGUAGAUAGAAUGUAAAAGAAAUUUCGCGGGAGGAGUUGAUCUGGAGGAGUAAUUUUUAAAAUUUCAAUGGUGAAGAAAUAAAUUCUGUGACGUAACGCCUCUCUGUUUCUUAUCGUCGGUCUUCUAGCUGCUAGUCGCGGACAAUGAUCGCGUCGGAUCCGCGACGCUACAGUAUUUAGCUUUGUCACUUCGCGACGCUGAUAUCCGAACCGCUUCGGUGUCGCAUUUAACGCUGCGCAUGCAGCCACCGUGUGAUUCGAGCCGCUGCCUUUGUCCGUCACGCUAUCGCUCUGUCAUGAGUACAAUAAUUAGCGCCGGGGUUCCCAGGUAUUCAAAUGUCCGAAAUCGAUCCCCCAUCCGGAAACUCGAAACCGAAACCGCGCUAUUCGGAUCAUCCGAGUUAUUCGGAUCCAGGUGCGGACCAGAAUCGAGAUCCGAAUCGAGAAUCGGAUUCAGAUUCAAUUAAGUCAGCUUAACCCUUUCAGCGCCACAUAUCUAUAACACCUUUUUUAUCUUCCUUUUUUAAUUAUAUAAUAUAGUAUUUGUCAAUACUAUUGAGUCUUUUUUUCUUAUUUUCGAAUAUGCAAUUGUUCAGUUUUCACUCUUCAAUGGUUAUUCCUUCAAUAUUGUUAAUAUAUUUGUUGUUAUAAACAAAUUAAUACAAAAUUAAUACAAAUAUGCUAUUUUCUUGCAUUGAAUUUAUUUUCCAGACAUAUAAUUAUUUGAAUACAUCAUUUUGUUAUAAAUAAUACAGAUACUCUAAGGAAUGAAAUACGGAUUUUUGCAGAUUUUUUUACAGGUUCAAUUUUCAAGCAUUUUGUCCGCCAAGUUGGAUUCACCGUUUUGAUUAUUUUAUGACGUUAUUUUUGUACAUUAUUAAUUUGUACCUUUUGAAACUUUUAUAUUAAGUUUGAAGGCGUUCAAGCAAAUAGAUUCAAUUUUCGAAAAUUCCGUCGCCAUAUCGGACCAUUUUGAAUUUUUAGGAAUCCGACAGUGGUUUUGAAUUCAGCGACCUCACAAACCUAUAAUAUCAUGCAUGAUGUGAAGAUCCGCCCGCUCCUCGCUGAAUUGCGUGCGACUGAAAGGGUUGAGUCCUUGAAUUGCUGCAAAAAAAUAUAUCAGGAAAUCCAAAUCUCCAAACAAGACAACGAACUUGAAGAGUUACACUUAUUCGUUAUCCGAGUGGCCGGAUAUCUGGUUAGUGUUAGGUCUGAGACUGCGAAUUUUGGAGCUCUUAUUUAGCGCAUACCGAUUGUACGGGUUGGCAAAAUUGACCGAGGGACUCUACUGCUCUGCUCAUUUGUGUGUGCGAAAACGGAGCCGCCGUGAUAAGAGGACGACGAAGACCCGCAGGCGUAUGUUUACCUCGCUGACGGUCUUCACUUUUUCACCAAUGUCGUCGUCGUCGUCGAGGAUAUCCUCGCGGAAUAAAUCUCGCAGAAUUAUAUGUCGAGUCGAUAGACUAUCGUCGGGGCGCGCGUUCGGAAGACUGCAAUGUAACGAGAGACGUAGAUUACUACGUUGAUCGGACAUGGAUUGUUUAAAUAAAAUUACAACGCGUAUGCCUUGUCGUCCAGUUUUUAGCAAUAAGCACGAGAUUGUGCUCGCUGUAAAUUAUAGAUCGCUUGUAAGAGAACGCGAUGAUCAAUCGGCGUUUGAAGGUGACUUGUGAAAUACGGAGGGACAUUAUACGAGGUUGCAUAUCGUAUUUGUUACGAAUGAUUGCUGGCGGGACGGGAAAUCACGGCGACGUCGAAGGUGACGGGAAGAUGAUCGAAUUAUGAUCGGGAAGUGAGUUCCUCGGGAUCAUUUUCUCGUCAUUUCGACACCAUUGCAAGAUUUUCCGUUUAGUCCGGCACAUAGCAUUAUACAUAUACAUACGACUAAUAUUUCUUGUACAUUGACUCAGAUACGCCGUACACUUUAAUUGAUACCGCUAAGAGAGAUAACGAAAGGGAGAUUUUCAGCAAAGCAGUACGAAUUAUUUGCACGACGGAAUCGCGACGGAGAUCGUGAAAGAUAUCGCGACAGAUAGGCGUACACACACACACUCACAUUCUAUUAUAGUAAGUAUCCUUUCGAGUUUCAUUGAGAAGAUCGUUUGUACUCUCGCUGAAAGUUCUGAUACAUCGCUAGAUAAUUCUUAAUUAGAGAUAAAACUUUUCCUCGUACGCGAUUUCAUCCUCUUAGAGGAUAUAAAUUUAAAUAGUAUUUAUAAUAUAUUACGGCUGCGCGCGCAAGUUUCGUGGCAUCACCCAGGCGGAACAAAAAAUCACAAUAACGUCAAAAUGACAGUAAAGUGACUUCCAAAUGUCACUUUUUGAUUAUGGCAGAAAAUGGAUAAAAUAAUGACUUUGGAAGUUACAGGUUUAAUUUUUUCCAAAUAAACACUGUUCGUUAUAUUUAAGUUGCACACGUUAGUAGCUACAAAAUUGUUCGUACAAACAAUAUUUUAUUUAUUAUAAUUACAGUUUUGCUUGUGUUUUAUAUGGCUAAUUAAAAUUACAAAUUAAAAUUUAUUAUAAUUUUAAAUGCAACUAAAACUUUUUUGCAAUAGCAAUUUAUUUGUAAGGAAUAGUUGCGUAUUUUUAAGCUGCGUUCCGAUAUUUAUUGCCAUUACUAAAAACCGAUGGUAUAUGUAACAUGAACUAUAGAUUUUAAGUAUCGGCAGUAAAUAUCGGAACGCAGCCUUAAAAAAAAUAUAAACAGUUGAAUAUGGGGAAUUUAAGGGCGUUCUAAAAUGCCAUAAAUGAGGAACUCAUUGACAAGUCAAUACAGUCAUCAAAAAGUCAAAUUACUGUUCUGUUUAAGACGUUAAAUGAUAUCAUUUUGAUUUUCUACAUAUAGUUGUCUAUAAAUUAUAUAAUAUAUAAUAUAAUUGUUCUAUAAAUAAUUGUCAUCUUGAUGUCAGUUUGACUUUUACAUGACUUUUUGUUCUGCUUAGGUGCACAUUCGUUUCUCGACCGUUUGUUUUUCUUCGAACGUUACUCGCGUGGCAAAAGUGUAGAACGUAUGAGAGAGAGAGAGAGAGAAGAGGUUGGUUUAUGCAAGUUCACGUUAUUUUAUAUUUCUUAGACAAUAAAUCAAUCUUGAAGAGGGUAAGAUUAGACAUCACAAGAGAUUGUCUCCGAAUAUAUAAAGAAGUUCACGUUAAAAUCUUGUACGGGUCCCUUUGAACCAGCUUUUGAUUGAGAUUUUCUUUAUACUUCCGCUAGUUAAAUAAUUGCAUACUCUCGAAGCGUACAAAAUAUAAGAUUUUAAUAAACAACAUUAAGAUAUUCUAUCUAUUCUCUCUGACUAAUUUAGAAUCAGUCGAUCUCUUAGCGAAACUGUAACUCUACGAUUUCAUACCUUUACUCUUUCUCAAAAAUUAAGCAAAUUUGGAGAAACCAAGACACGAAUUAAAAAAAAAAAAAAAGAAUAUGUUACACUCCCGAAGUUAAAUAUACAAAAAUUGAUGCAUAAAA